AUGUACGUUGACGAUCUCUUGACUGGGGCGGAAACAAGAGAACAAGCAGUAGCCAUCCGAGACGAAAUAGCACAGUUGGUACAACGGGGAGGCUUCAAUUUACGUCAAUGGGCCUCCAAUGACCCCACUCUAUUGGAAGAUCUAGCACCCGAGGAUAUCAACCGUCAUUUAAUCAUCACCGAUUCUCCUACAAUGAAGACUCUAGGUUUAUAUUGGAAAUCUACGAGUGAUCACAUUAAGUAUAAGGUGAAAUUAUUGGAAGAAAAUAGUCCAGUGACAAAACGGGUUGUCCUCUCUGAAACAGCAAAGAUCUUUGAUCCUUUGGGCCUCCUAGCUCCAGUCAUCAUCAUUGCUAAGACAUUUAUUCAACGGUUGUGGAAAUUAAAACUCAGUUGGGAUUCACCACUGCCAGAUGAUGUGCAAAGGGAGUGGAGAGAAUUUUAUCAACAGCUGCCAGCGCUGGAAGAUCUGCAGUAUCCACGUAGGGCUCUCUCCCAACAAACAGAGAAAAUUGAACUUCAUGGCUUCUGCGAUGCCAGUAACAUGGCUUAUGGCGCCUGCAUUUAUGUCAGAUCCAUCAGCUCCAAUGGCGCUGUUCAAUUGUCUCUGUUGUGUGCUAAAUCACGUGUUGCUCCAUUGACAGACAAACCUUUCUCACCGCGACUGGAGUUGUGCGGAGCAGUCUUACUAGCCAAGUUGAUGGUCAAUGUCCGUUCCAUCAUCCACAUCAAGAUCCAGAGAGAGAUUUAUUGGACGGACUCGACUGUGGUCUUACAUUGGCUACAUACAGCUCCAACGAGACUCCUACCAUAUGUUGCCAAUCGAGUCUCUGAAAUUCAACAGAAGUCGAACAUCGCCAAUUGGAGGCACGUCAGAACUCAUGAAAACCCAGCUGACCUGAUAUCACGAGGACAAAUACCAAAGGAAUUCAUCAAACCCUCAUUAUGGAAGGAAGGUCCAGCAUGGCUUCUCCAAGACGAGCAUCAUUGGCCUAUACUCGAGCUUCAUUUUCCGUCCGAUCCUCCAGAGUUGAGAAAGCAGCAUCCAUUUCCCUCAUCAACGAAAUGUUUUCUGACCAUCAUGGAACAACGCAGUGGGAACGUACUGUCUUGGUAUUCAUCACUGACUAAGCUUCAGCGUAUUAUCGCUUACUGUCGCCGCUGCAUAACCCAUACCAAGGGUCCACUCACUCCAGAUGAGAUGACUGCAGCUCUGCACAGUAUCACGCACUGGGUUCAGCAGGAAACCUUAGCUCCAGUGAUUGCUGUCCUUCGCGAUCAGCCCCGCGGGCAGAAGGCUGCCGCCCUAGCGCCCCUCAUUAAAUUAAAUCCAUUUUUGGAUGAACGGGGAGUGAUCCGUGUAGGUGGUCGCUUGAGGAAUUCCAAUAUUCCAUUCUCUCAACGUCAUCCCAUGAUCCUGCCUAAAAACCAUCAUGUUACGGAUCUCGUAAUACACCAGGAGCACCAACGACAUCUCCAUGCUGGUGCCCAGGCGACACUCUGCGCCAUACGACAUCGAUUCUGGAUCCAGGAUGGACGCAACAAAGUACGACACAUUAUUGGUUCCUGUGUCAAAUGCAUACGCCACAAACCACCACCAGUAAACUAUAUAAUGGGUAACUUACCGAAGGCACGUGUAACCGAAUCUCGUCCUUUCAGCAACGUCGGUGUCGAUUAUUGUGGGCCUUUCUUUAUCAAGGAAAGAAAGAUCCGCAACCGGGGACGUGUGAAAGUAUGGGUAUCAGUGUUCGUCUGUCUUGCUGUGAAAGCAGUACACCUAGAGAUUGUCAGUGAUUUGACUACCGAAGCUUUCCUGGCUGCAUUCCGUCGUUUCAUCGCACGGAGAGGACUCUGUGACAACAUAUAUUCCGACAACGGGACCUGUUUUGUUGGAGCCAACAAUGAACUCCAAGAAAUUUACACAUUCCUCCAGAACGCGGAUCAUCAAGAAAAAAUUCAGACAUUUGCCACAACAAAAUCUAUACAGUGGCAUUUCAUUCCUCCUCAAUCACCGCAUUUUGGAGGGCUAUGGGAAGCAGCGGUCAAAUCUUUCAAGAUCCAUCUGAAGCGAAUUGUUACCAACGAACUCCUGACACUUGAACAGCUCAACACCCUGGUGAUCGAAAUCGAAGCAGUAUUAAACUCCAGGCCUCUGACACCCCUCUCACCAGAUCCUAAUGACCUACAAGCACUCACCCCGGGUCAUUUUUUGAUCGGUGAAGCUUUGACAACUUUGAGGGGGCCCGAUUUUCGCGAAACUCCAUCUAAUCGACUUUCAACGUGGCAGCAUCUCCAGAAACUGAAACAAGAUUUCUGGACUCGCUGGCAUCGCGAAUAUAUUAGCGAGCUCAACCUCAGGAAUAAGUGGGCGCAUGGGCAACACCACAUAACUGUGGGUACUAUUGUCUUGGUGAAGGAAGAUAAUUUACCCCCUCAACAGUGGGCCAUGGGUCGAGUAGUCCAGAUUCAUCCGGGAGCAGAUGGUGUCAUUAGGACAGUAACGCUGCAGACACCCAAAGGGUUGUUAAACAGGAACGUAAGGAAACUGGCGGCUUUGCGCAGACCCUACGGCCCAAACAAGGCCCGACCAUCCACCUUCAUUUUAUGGCCAUACUUCUCCCACUCUAUUCAAGAAUUUAUGUGCAAAAGCACAUUUAAUAGUAACAUAAUCCAACCGUUUGAUUCUUCAUCCAAGAACAAACAAAACAUAUGGUCCUUCGAGCCGGAUCCCGGGAUUAAAUUCAGUGUUUGUGAGCGAAAGCAGACACCCGAAAUCAAAACAACCGCACCAGGCAAUACGCACGGUUAA